AAGGAGACCCCGCCCCAUCGAGGCCCCGCCCCCGUCCCGCAGCCAGCCUUCCGGGCUCCGUUGCGGGCUCGGGGCCCGCUACCGACCCAGGCCCCGCCUCGCGAGUCCUCCUCCCCGGUGCCUGCCCGGCCCGGAGGGUGGGCGCGGGGCCGCCUCUACCGGCUGGCCGCGGUAACUCAGCGACCUUGGCCCGAAGGCUCUAGCAAGGACCCACUAACCCCAGCCGCUGCAGCGGCGGCGCGGACUUUGCCCGGUGUGUGGGGCGGAGCGGACUGCGUGUCCGCGGAAGGGCAGCGAAGAUGUUAGCCUUCGCUGCCAGGACCGUGGACCGAUCCCAGGGCUGUGGUGUAACCUCAGAGGCCAGGCAGUCUCUGCCCUCCAGCCAAGUUUUCUCUCAUCAAAAAGAUCUUCACAGAUUCUGACAGCCCAGGCAAGUGGCUGCCUCUGGCUAGGUUCUGCUCGCCCACUUGGUAGCACAGUUAGGCUUAGAGAUCCAACCAAGGCAGACAGGGCCCAGAACCUUGGUCCUGCCAUGGAGGAGGAUGGGCAGCAGAGAGAGAAGGUGAAGCCUCUGGGCUUCCUGAAGCCCUCCUCCUUGAUGAAGGCUUCCGGCCGCUUCAAGGCACACCAGGAUGCACUGCCACGGCUGCCUGUGCCCCCUCUCCAGCAGUCCCUGGACCACUACCUGAAGGCACUGCAGCCCAUCGUGAGUGAGGAGGAGUGGGCCCACACCAAGCAGCUGGUGGAUGAGUUUCAGGCCUCCGGAGGCGUAGGGGAGCGCCUGCAGAAGGGGCUGGAGCGCCGGGCCAGGAAGACGGAGAACUGGGUGAGUUGCCGUCAGAGUUUC